CUCAGUCAUUUACCAACUGAUUUUGAAUUUUCUUUGUGAUUUGGAUAGAUCUCGACGAAUGCAAGCUCAAAGUCUUCAACGACCAUGUGCUCCGAUGUCGGGCAAAAAAGUUAUUCGCGACCUAAGCUUUUUCUGUCACCUGCCAUAACUCGGUCAGUUUCCAAUGGAUCUUCAAUUGUAACACAGAUAUGGAUAGAUCUGCUCAUUAGCUACCAAAAGUUGUUCUACGCCGAUGUGCUAAGAUGUCUGUGUCAAAUGUUAUUCGAGAUACAAAGACUUAACAUUUUCUCGGUUUUUACAAAAAAUUCCUCAUUUUGCCACUUUGCAUGCUUAUAACUCGGUCAGUUUCCAAUGGAUCUUCAAUUGUAACACACAUUUGGAUAGAUCUGUUCAUUUGCUACCAUAAGCUGUUCUACGUCGAUGUGCUCAGAUGUCUUUCAAUUUGUCCAUCAAAUCGUUCUUUUGAAGAAGGGCACUGAACAGAUUAUUUUUCGGAUAUAAAUAUACCUGUGCAUAUCAUUUUCAACCACAUGUUCCAAUGCAGGUAAACACAUUGGAAAUAGUAAAAAAUGUUGUGGCAAACAGAGAGGAAGAUUGUUUGCGGCCAAUAGCAUCGCACAUAUGCUCGCACACAUUCUACAUACGCGGAAGGCGGUGGGCGUACGUCAGAACAGCUGUUUGUCAAGGUUGCGGCGUAUUGCACCCACGCAAGUACAAGACAAGAUUGAAUGAUUUGAAUUAAAUAUAUGAACUUUCGAAUAAUUUAAAACAUGGACGCACGCACAUGUUUGAUUGAAUUAAUUUGAGGUAAAAUAAUUAAAAUUAAAAUUAAUUAAAAUAUAAAAAUUGUUUUUUUUAUUAUUGGACUUACAGAUAUGUAACAUUAUUUCAGCAUAAAGUUUUGUUGAUUAUUGAUGAUUACCAUCAAGUUUCGUUAAAAUUGAUGGUUUUCAACAAGUUUCAUCAUUUUUCAUGAUUAUCAUUAAGUUUCAUCAUUGUUGAUGUUAAUAAUAACGUUUCAUCAUCAUUAGUGUUUAUCAUCAUUAAGGUUCAUCAUUAUUGAUGAUUAUCGCUAAAUCAUGCAUCCAUAAACUAUUUAUUCCAUAUAGAAGAGAAUGUUUUUUUUUCUGCGCACUGCGUAGCUCACGUUUUACGGGUAUAUGUUGUUAGACCUUUUUGUAGCGAUAACGAUAAUACAUUAUUAUUUAAAAAAAUUUGACAUAAUAGAACGAAUUUACCCACAUUUUUUAAAAUUAUAUUUAUUGUGCAGUGAUUAUUUGUUUUGCGCAUUUGUGUUAUUCGCUAUAUUCGCUGUUUAUUUUUUUUUAAUUUCCAAUUUGAACAACAUCUCAUAUUGCGGAAAACAAUACGUAUCCUUGCCGAAAUUGCAACUACCAUUGUUCACGUUGAUUUGUUCGCUAAUUGAGGCAUUUGAAUAAAUGCAACAAAUAAAUGCAUAAUUUGAGGCGUUCCUAUACAUGCUUCAAUGGCACAAAAUAUAUAUUUUAUUGAAAAUCUUCGCAUCAAAAUUAAUUUCCGAAUGCUUUCUUUUCAUACGAUUUUGUAACUUCCGGAACAGACCGUCCUUCUACCUCAAACCAAAAUAUGGCGGUAUAUGUUGCACCAGCUCAAUCAAACGUGGAAUUGAUCCGGAUGGAGAUUGCUGCAGAAUAUGGCACGCCAUUGGAAGAAACGCCGGCUGAACGAAAGGCAAGACUUGGCAGAAAACGGACCGCCCUGAGUCGGGCAUUGAAGCGAUCGGCUGUUGAUACCAUUGCUGUGCCAUCCUCUUCUUCGGCAAUGCUACCACCUUUGAUAACGGCAACAACUACUGCCGCAGCCGAUACAGUGGUCGCUGCUGAAACAGUCAACCAACAGCAAGCACCACCAUCAGCAAUGGUGCCACCUGUAUUGGAAUUACCACCGGCUGAAACGGCAAAUGAAAGAAAGGCACGGCUUGCAAGGGAACGAGCUGCACGGUACAGAGCCAACAAACGCUUUGCUCCGACAAUGGCGGUAACUUCCGGAACAGACCGUCCUUCUACCUCAAACCAAAAUAUGGCGGUAGAUGUUGCACCAGCUCAAUCAAGCGAGGAAUCGAUCCGGAUGGAGAUUGCUGCACAAUAUGGCACGCCAUUGGAAGAAACGCCGGCUGAACGAAAGGCAAGACUUGGCAGAAAACGGACCGCCCUGAGUCGGGCAUUGAAGCGACCGGCAGUUAGUGCAAUUACUGCGCCAACCUCUUCUUCGGCAAUGCUACCACCUUUGAUAACAACAUCAGCAACAACAAUUAUUACGACAACAACAACAACAACAACAACAACAACAACAACAACAACAACAACAACAACAACAACAACAACAGAAACAUCAACAACAUCAGAAACGGCAACAACACCGGCAACAACUGUCCAUUCAGCAACGGUCACUACAAUUGCUGUACCGUUGCUGCAACAGCAGCAACAAGCAUACGUGCAUCAGCUGCGCGAAGAGGAAGCAGCUCGCCAGCGUGCAUAUAUUGCCUUGCAACGUAUGACCCAUAUGGUAAGAGUGGCACAUGGCAACCAUGAGCAGUACAAUCAUCCCGAGGUUCACACCCUGCCAGCACGGGAACCAUGCAUCCACUGUUCCGCGUUAAAGUGGCCCGGUGAACCACCGACUGUGUGCUGCAACAAUGGGCAGGUAGUGCUUCAACCAUAUGCUGAUCCACCGGCCGAAUUGCGAAAUUUGUUUGAUGUGCCAGCGUUCAUGAAGAACAUCAGAAAGUACAAUAAUGCAUUCGCUUUUACUUCGACCGGUGCAUCUAUUCGUGGCAAUGACCCUGUGCGCCAGGAUGAGCGUGUCGCUCAAGGUGGCAUCUACAACUACCGCAUACAGGGUGCGCUUUGCCAUCGCAUUGGCUCAUUUGCAGCACUUCCGGGACGUUCACCCAGCUUUGCCCAGCUUUAUUUUUACGAUCCCAGCUCGGAGGACCAGUACGCGUCGAUGCUGAACCAACGCGCCACUAUGUUCGGAGGUGAGCUGGAUCGUAACAUCCUCUCGGUCGUGCAACGCGUGCUUACCACCCACAACCCACUGGCAGCAUUGUUCAGUUAUGCAUACGAACGUAUGUCCGUUCGAGACGAUCUGCGAAUUCGUCUUCACACGCGAGUUUCCGGAAUCGAUCAGCGGCGCUACAAUGCACCAACUGCAGAAGAGGUGGGAGCCGUAUUCAUCUGCGACGAAACUGGAGCUGACAGGGAACAAACGCGUGACUUGGUGCUACAAUCACGUGCCGGUUACCAACUGCAGCAAGUAUAUGAGCAUAACCAAUACUUUAUGGCAUGUCAGUUACCACUUUUGUUUCCACGGGGUGAAUUGAGUUGGACCUACGGAAUACCGAAGGUACGUCCGCAAAGACCGACAGCCCGAGGUCGGCAACAGUCAACAACGGCCGCUACAACUGAUGAUGGUGCAGGAGAGGAGAAUCCACAUGGAGAGUCGGAACGAAAUGUGGAGGAUACUGCAUCAUCAGCGCAUCAGAUUUCAGCCCGGGAAUAUGCCGCGUAUCGCAUCGCUUGGCGGGAAAGCAGCACCAAUGCGCUGCUACAUCGUGGUGGACGAUUGUUCCAGCAAUAUUGUGUGGAAUUUUAUUCCAUCAUGGAGCUGCAGCGUUUGCGGUAUGUGCGGGAUAACCAGGCACAAAUGCGCACAGAAGCAUACGCAGGUUUGAUCGAUCUUGCUGGCGCAGACAGUUUGAUUGCUGAACUGCAACCCAACGUGCCGAACAUGCCGACCGAAGGUCCGGUGCCGAUACCAGCCGACGGUCGGCCGAACGAUACAACGCUCGCGCGCACCGGUACGCGUGUAAUACUGGGUCCAAAUUUUGUCGGUGGAACCCGUUACAUGCAGGCCCAGUACCACGAUGCGAUGAGCAUUGUCCGCACGUUUGGUAAACCGGACCUCUUUCUGACCGUGACGUGCAAUCCGAAAUGGCCGGAAAUUACCGAGAACCUGCUGACCCCAAGGCAACGUGCCCCUGAUCGACCCGAUCUGGCAGUACGUGUUUUCCGUUUGAAGCUGAAAGCCAUCCUUCAGGAUCUGACGAUGGGAGCUCUUGGCGUUGAGGUAGCGCGCAUACACGUCAUUGAAUUUCAAAAACGUGGCCUACCUCAUGCCCACAUCCUCAUGAUACUGGCAGAAGCAGACAAACCCCAAACGCCGGACAGCUACGAUCGGUUUGUAUCGGCUGAGCUGCCCGAUCCGGAACGAUGCGAGCAACUUUACCAAACGGUGCAGUCCUGCAUGAUACAUGGACCGUGCGGACCAGCUCAUCCUGCCUCACCAUGCAUGAAGGAUGGUGUCUGUUCGAAGGGAUAUCCAAAGCCUUUCUGCGAACGGACACACAGCAUGGAAAACGGCUAUCCGCAGUAUCGUCGCCGGAACAGUGGACGCACCGUGACGGUUAAUGGAACGGUGCUCGACAAUCGUAACGUUGUACCGUACAACCCGUGGUUAAGCCACAAGUACAACUGCCACAUCAACGUCGAAGUAUGUACAACGAUCAGCAGUGUAAAGUAUCUGUACAAGUACGUGUACAAGGGUCAGGAUCGGCUGAGCGUAUCUGUCACUGGUGGCAAUGAUGAGAUACAGCAGUUCAUCGACGCACGUUACUUAUCACCGACAGAUAGCUGCUGGCGUAUCAUGCGUUUCGAGCUGCAGGCGAAAACGCACACCGUCGUGACGCUGCCCAUCCACCUGGAGAACCAGCAGUACGUGUUUUACCGAGCGAACGAAAACCUUUCGUGCGCGUUAAACCGGGGAAAACGUACAAUGCUGACUCAGUUUUUCUUGCUUGCGGCUAACGACGAUUUCGCCAAAACGCUCCUCUAUCACGACGUACCCAUGUACUAUCGGUACGGUGAACCGACAGCGCGGCAGCGACAACCGUGGCACGAACUUGGCACCAAGCAGUGGAUACGUCGCAUCCGUACCUCGCACAAAACGGUAAUUGGACGCAUGGUGUCCUGCGGAAUGCAGCUCUUGGAGCGCUACUGUUUGCGACUGCUACUGUGCUACCGCAAAGGACCAACAUCGUUCGAGAAUUUGCGCACUGUUGACGGCACAGUGUACGCAACGUUCCAGCAAGCUGCCAUCAGAGAAGGACUGUUGCAAGAUGAUUCCGAGUGGGAACGGGCUCUACAGGAAGCGGCCACAUUCCAAAUGCCCUCCCAAUUUCGCCAUUUCUUUGCGCUUAUUCUCUCAGCUGGGAUGCCGCAAGAACCGCGCAAGCUGUGGGAUAAGUACGCAGAGCUAUUGUGUGAAGACUUUCACUUCCACAAUCGCGACCGGUAUACAUCACAACAGUCCGACCUGAAUACGCUGCUGAUUGACGUCGAACGUUUUCGUGCGCUGCGCGAAAUCGAUCGGUUCUUGCGAGGUACCAUUCCGGCAAAGGAUUUAACCAUCUUUCCCGAUAUGCCACAGCUGCAGGACUAUGAACACGUUGCAGAGCACCUCAGGAACGAUGCGAAUGAGGUGAACGAGUUCAUCACCACCGAACGGGCUUACGCAGUGAACGAUCUGGACGAAACUUUGGCCACCCUACACCUUCUCAACGACGAGCAGCGUACAGUGUACGACAAAAUUACGGCGGCCAUUGAUCGAGUUCGGAUAGCGACGAGCACUACGGAUACGGAUACAACGGAUGUGAACACCAACUCUGGAACCGGAACCUAUGAUGCGGACGACAAUCGCUUUUUCUUCCUGGACGGUCCUGGCGGUACGGGCAAAUCUUUCGUGCUGGAAAAAAUCCUCGCAUACACGCGACGCCAGUCAAAGAUUGCGCUUGCCACUGCGGCGAGUGGAAUAGCAGCGCUGUUGCUUAGUGGAGGAAGAACGGUCCACUCAACGUUUAAGCUUCCGCUCGACUUAAACCGACACUCCACUUGCAACAUCCCAGUACAGUCGAAGCGCGCUGAACUCAUCCGCCAGGCAACGCUAAUCGUGUGGGACGAAGCAUCCAUGAGCAGCCGAUACGCGUUGGAAGCAGUCGAUCGUACCAUUCGGGACAUAACGGGCGUGCAGCGACCAUUUGGCGGCAAGGUGGUACUGCUGUCCGGUGACUUCCGUCAAAUUUUGCCCAUCGUUCCAAAGGGUAAUGAUGCACAAAUAAUCAACGAGUGCAUCAAACGGAGCACACUAUGGCCCCUCUGUACGACGCUACGGCUGUGCGUUAACAUGCGGGUACGCACGGCUCCUAACGCGACUCGAGCCAGCGAGCUGCAGGAAUUUGCCAACUUUUUGCUGCGUAUCGGUGAAGGGCGACACGAUACGUUUGCAGGAGCGGACCCAUCGUUGGCAAAAAUACCGCACGAUAUGGUUGUACCCCGUACGGCGAACUCGGCUCAGGACAUCAAUAAGCUGAUUGCCCGCAUCUACCCAGACAUGGAACGGAACUGUAAGGAUCCAGAUCGAUUCUUUUGCGAUCGUGCGAUCCUGUCUCCAUUUAAUGUUGACGUUGCCGCCAUUAACAACAUUGUGAUGGAUCAGUUACCCGGCCAGACAAGGGAGUAUCGUUCCGUAGACACGUUGGUAAACCCGGAGGAGCAUGAGCACUUGCAGAUUCCAUCCGAAUACCUGAACUCGCUCAACAUUAGCGGCAUACCACUGCAUCGCUUACGGCUGAAGCGAUCCACACCGGUGCUGUUGUUGCGAAAUCUUAAUUCCGACAUGGGACUUUGCAACGGAACGCGUCUUCAGAUUGUGGAUAUGAAGACGCACUGCUUGCACGCCAAGAUAUUGACGGGCAAGCGGCGAGGAACGGACGUGCUGCUGCCACGCAUCUACUGUGACAGCAACGACAAGGGCCAACCGUUCCAAAUCCGCCGCAAACAGUUCCCGGUGCAGGUGUGCUUUGCCAUGACCAUCAAUAAAGCACAAGGACAAUCACUGAACCAUCUGGGCCUCUAUCUGCCAAAGGAUGUGUUUGCACACGGCCAGCUGUACGUGGCAGUGUCCCGCGUCACGACACGAGAGAAUAUAGCUGUGCUGAUCGCAAAUCCUGAACACGACAAUCAAGAUGGUGUCUCAACGCGAAACAUUGUGUAUCGAGAAAUCAUUGACGAUUGAACGUGUUCGGGGAUUCAGGUACCAUGUGUCCUUCGUGCCUUAUUGGUCGAGCCUGUUGUUGAUGGUUGAACGCAUUCGGAUGGAGGUAAGGAAAACGAAUGAAAGUAUCAAGUACAAGCAAGAAGUAAUUGUGAACCUUUUUUCCCUCAUCGAUUACAGUUAAUAAUUUGUUCGCCCUCAUCGAGUUUUCGGACGCCCUCAAUCAUCGGAUUCAGACGCAUUCGCGUGUUGGUAGGUGAAAUGAAGAAAAACAAAUCUAAGAAAAAAAACUUUAUAUUCUUCCUUUUCAUUUCAGCCCGAAAACAAACAUAGACUUUGACCAAGUUCCUCGAUCGAGACUUUCGGAUAAUUCGGACGCAUUCCAAUGUA